AUGGCUACACCCGCCGCUCUGCCGCCGCUGCCCUUCAACCCGUCUAGGGUACGAUCUUACGUCCUCCGUCUCCCUCUGUUCACACGACUUGUACUUUUAGCGAUCCUUGUCUUUUGGUUGCUCGAGUUGCAGACCGUGUGGAGCGUGGUGCAAUGGGGGUCCGUUAUACCGGAGGAGAUUGGGUUCGGUAGCAUGUACCGGCUCAACACGUAUCCUUUCAUCCAUUUGGGAUUCUUCCACACCUUCUUGAAUGUGCUGGCGCUCACGCCGCUGUUGGAACGCUUUGAGGCCGAGCACGGCACAUUGACCGCCGUCGCGCUGUUUAUUGGGCCUCUCUCCACGCUUCCGGCGGGCGCUUAUAUCCUGGUUGAGAAGUUUCUCUUGCACAGGAAUACCGCUAUCGUGGGCUCAAGUAUCUGGGUCUUUCUUCUUUUGGGCUCCGAGGCUAUUAGGACGUUCAAGUCGAAUCCCUACUUUAGCUUUAGCCUGGGGACGACCAAGAUCCCCACGUGGACGUCGCCCCUGUUUGCCUGUGCUCUUGUCUCGAUUCUUGUGCCGAACACGAGCUUUCUUGGACAUCUGUGUGCUAUCUUAGUUGGGUACUUGCUCGGACUUGGAUUCCUGAAGAUCUUCGUUCCCCCGGAGAAGGUGCUUAGAUGGAUUGAAGGCAAGCUUAACCUCCUUGGUAGACUGCCACACUACGUGUCAGUGGACCAAAAGACGUACGGUCGUUAUGGUGUCCUUCCAACAACGACCACCGGUGGUGAAAGGGGAACCCCGAUGAGCUUCCUCGGCUCGUCGCAACGCCUUGGCCCAACAACUAUAGCUGUGAUCCGCAAGUUGCGGAGUAACCCCAACUUUCUCUUCGUGCAUCUACCGCAUAUCCUUUCAUUCAUCUGCAUUGUCUCCGGCGUCGUCUGGUUGCUCCUCCUUCCCCUCAACGAUUACUCCCGGCAAACCUACAUCUCCGAGAAUGCGCUUCUGCCCGGUCAAGUCCACGCCUAUUUCUCUGGCAGCGAGCAGCAUAUCUUUCGUGGAUACAAGAAGGAGCUAGAGGGCAUACUAGCAGGGCAGACCGAGGAUGGACAAGAAGGGUGGAAUGACAAGUUCACCCCAGCGGUGUCGGAUAAGAUUCAAUCAAUUCUGAAAGCCACCGGCCUCAAGGUUGCCACUCAGAAUUACGAGUACACGUCGUCCGGUAUCAAACACCAGGGACAGAAUGUCUAUUCAAUUAUCCAGGCGCCGCGUGGAGAUGCCACGGAAGCUAUUGUGCUAGUUGCGGCUUGGAAGACGGUGGAUGAUGAACUGAAUCUGAAUGGUGUCACUCUUGCGCUGACCCUGGCGAGAUACUUUAAACGGUGGUCGCUAUGGUCGAAGGAUAUCAUCUUCUUGUUUCCACCGGACAGCAAAGCAGGCACGCAAGCGUGGAUCGACGCUUACCAUGAUAUGCAGCCGGCGUUUGUGCAACCCCUGCCGUUGAAGAGCGGCGCGUUGCAGGGCGGCUUGGUGAUCGAAUACCCGUUUGACCAUCGGUUCGAGUCCCUACAUAUCCUGUACGACGGCGUCAACGGCCAGUUGCCCAACCUGGAUUUGUUUAACACGGCCGUGUCCAUCACCGGGGGCCAGAUGGGCAUUGGAACAAAUCUUCAGGAGAUGUGGGAUCAUGAUGACAGCUACGAAAUGCGACUGGAAACUAUCAUGAGGGGAAUGGUCAAGCAGGGCUUUGGUUAUGCGACAGGCCCGCACAGCAGCUUCAUGCCAUAUCACAUUGAUGCCAUCAUGCUCCAGACGAAAGGCGACGGCUGGCAGGACGAGAUGGCGCUUGGCCGCACAGUUGAGAGUCUCUGUCGCAGCUUGAACAACCUCCUGGAACAUCUGCACCAGAGUUUCUUCUUCUACCUCCUCAUGCAGACCAACCGUUUCGUCAGUAUCGGCACGUAUCUUCCCAGUGCAAUGCUGAUCGCCGGUAACUUCACCAUCAUGGCAAUCGCUUUAUGGCUCCGAACUGGCUACUAUCCAGGCCGCCAGCAAAGCCCUCAAGCCUCGAAGUCCACGAAAGAACAAGCCGCAACUGCAACAGAAAACCGCGACGACAAGCAGUCCCCGGCCCAGACAGACGCCAGCAACAUCAUCGAACGUCAACUCGCCCUCCCACUCACCCUCGUCGUCGGCCUGCACCUCCUCGGGCUAAUCCCUCUCUACAUCUUCAACAACAUCUCUCACCAGUACUACCCAACAGCAACCUACACCAGCAUCCUCGCCAACAUUAUCCUCCCCCUUCUCCUAGCAGCCAUCCUAUCUCACGGCCUCAACCCCAAACCCCAGCAAUACCUCCUCAUCAAAUCCUUCUCCCUCCUCAUGCUAGGCCUCUUUCUUUCCACCCUCGCCACUCUCAACUUCUCCCUGUCCUUCAUGAUCGGACUCCUCUGCGCACCCCUCACCUUCGUCAACCGUAUCAACCCGCACACCACCUCCCGUCCGGUCCGGUAUAUCCUUGCCAUGCUGGGACUCGGACUCCUGAAUGUGCUUUCCCCGUCUGUGCUUCUCCUAGCGGCGUGCAGUUACUUCGGGGUUGAUGUGGAGACCGUGCUUACGCAGGCGGCCUUCGGAUGGGAUGUUUGGGGUGUGUGGACGCAGGUGGUUGUUUGGUGUGUUUGGUGGCCGGCUUGGGUGUCGGGAUGUGCCUUGGUGGGUUUUUCGUUGUUUAGCUCUUAG